CCCGCUCGGCCCCUCUGCCGGGCUCUCCGCAGCCGGCCCCAUUGGCUGCCUGGCACGGAGGGGAUGUCUCCCACCUGCUCCGCAGGGAGCCCGGUCCGGUCCGCCGGAGCAGCCCGCGGGCACGAUCGCCUUGGCAGGGCGGCUCCGGCUCUGCCCAGCCAGACCCGGCGCUGACGGGGAUGCCCCGGGGAGCUGCUGGCCCAUGGCGACUUCCUGCCCCCUGGAGCUGAGGGGCCUCGGGAAGGGCCCCGGGGGCUGCUCAGUACCGCGGACAGCUCCCACCGCCGGCCUGGACAACGCCUCCUACCAGGCGCCGGAGGACGAGGAAACCUGGUUCCGGAGCGGCGAGGAGGCGGGGAGCGGCCCCGGGGGAGGCGCCGCCCGGGCCAGGGCGCAGCGGGGAGACCUCUCGCCCAGGUCGGAGGAUGGGCCCCUGCCCGAGCCCGCUGGCCACUCUGUGGACUAUGGGUUCAUUUCGGCCUUGAUCUUCCUCGUGAGUGGGAUCGUGCUGGUGGUGAUCGCCUACACCAUCCCCCGGGAGCCCCGGGUGGACCCCGCCGCAGUGACGGCCCGGGAGAUGGAGAGGCUGGAGAUGUACUACGCGCGCCUGGGCUCCCACUUGGACAAGUGUAUCAUCGCAGGCCUGGGGCUGCUGACCUUGGGGGGCAUGCUGCUCUCCGUGCUGCUGCUGGUCUCCAUAUACAAAGGGGAGCUGUACCGGAGACGGACCUUCCCGGGCUCCCGGGGGCCAAGGAAAACCUACGGAUCUAUAAAUCUGAGACUGAGACAACUCAAUGGCGAUGGGGGACAAGCCUUGGUAGAGAAUGAAGUCAUCCAGGUGACAGAGUCUACAGCAAUCAGCCAGGGGUCUUAGACCCCUCACUCCUGCUGUUCCGCUGGGGCCUUCACGCUUCUUCUUUAGGUGAACAAACCGCUAAAAGGGGUUUUUUAACUGUUCAACAUGGAGGUUUUACAUUAACUCCACAGCUCGGAGCAGAGUAGGACUAUUGGAAUGUCACCUACUGCAAGAAAAUAUCUGGGAGCAAGAACAGACAUUGAAAAUGCAGAUCGGACACUCACCUGACGAUUGGAUAUAACUAAGUACCUAGUCCAGCAGCCUUUUGGAAACCAAAUGUUUCUUUUUCUAUUUCAUUUUGGGAAGAGCUGCUUUCCUAAGCCCUGGCAUUAGAAUGAAAGAAAACGUCAAGCUAUCUGGAAGUUUUCUGUGCCAUGUACAAUACUAUCUCCUCAUGACCUUUGACUGACAUGCAGUAAUAAGUCUAGCCAAAGUUACAGAUCAGUGGUCCUCUGCUAGGUUACUGAUGGCACACAAAGCACAUGUAGAGUCUGUAUUUUGGUUUUUUAUGUAGGGUAUAAUUUUCAGCAGUAAACAACUUUUUAGCAAUAGUUAAUUGUAAAACUUGUGUGGCAUCGAAUCUGAGCUUUCACUGUUCCUAACUAAAAGGGAAGAAUAUGUGAAAAAUGUGACCGUUUUUACAAGUUAUGUGAAUAGAAAAGACUUCUCCAAUCCUUCACAAUAUUUGCGUUGACCUAUCCUACUUCUGAAAGCGGGACAGAGAAAUGGACAGCACACAAUCUUCACUCCACCUACCAGUCACACCAGCAAAUCCACGGUCCUCGAGCCUUUAAAAAAAAAUCUGGUUCUUUGUCCAGAAGAAAAGAAAUAGGAAAACGACUUGCAUUUUAAACAAUUUCCAGAUUUUCAUUUUAAAUGAACUGUUCUUCCCCAUUCAGAAGUCUGAGUCUGAUCAUUUGUGCUGAUGCCAGGAGACAUGGUCUGCAGUUAGGAGAUGAAGUAACGUCUUGGCAAUAAAACCUGAAAUAUAAGUAAAGCACAAUAUUCUGCAUAGAGAGAGAAAAACAGUAUAAGUAGGAAGUUUAAAAGUGGAAUUAGAUAGGCAAGUAAUCCAAACAAAAGGUGACAUUUGCAGUGUACUGCAAUAAAUAUAUCAUAUAUAAUAGUAUAUAAAUAUAUAUAUACUAUUAAUGGCUUAAUUCAAAUGUGGCUAGGCACAUACAAAUAUAAAUUUAAAUAGCCAAACAAAAAUGCUUACAAGCAAAAAAGUAAUUUUGCUUGUGACGGAAUUGCUUGUCAUAUUUUAUUUCAAUGCUUCCAAAAGUUAUCCAUAAAAUAACUAUUAAAGUUCUCCAGCUUUUGGGGGGUUGUCAAUACACAGACAGGUAUUUUUUCUAGCAGGUUGAGGUUGGUUCUUGCUAUCAUUAUAAAGCUACAGGGAUGAACUAUGGUCUCUAUCACCCUGGGGGAAAAAACUCCAUUGAAGUACCACAUUUUUUAAUGGUGUCCAGAGGUCAUGAUCUGUGUGUAGUUAAUUACAGCUCAUGUGCUGUGUUCUUUAACUCUCUGUCGAGCGUUUAGAAGUCUUGGUGAAAUCCUGCUAAACACCUGAUCCAAAACCGCACUGAAGUCAAUGGGAGUCUUUCCAUUAUCUUCACUGGGUUUGGAUCAAGACCUAGGCCCCGGAGCGUGAGCCUCCUUCUGCUGAAAUCAGUGGGAACCAACAGUGCAAUCCUUACUCAGGCCUCUUAUCCAACAUCGUUGUGGAGGUUUGCUUGAGGAAGAUCUGCAGGCCAGUAAACAGCGUGUGUACAUCAGUGACUGAGGUUAAAAUCAGUGGGCCAAAUCGGUGCAGGUGUUGAGCAAACGCCACGCCCACUGAAGUCAACCAGCCUGACCCUGUCGGAUGCAGAGCAGUAACUGACACUGGUAUCAGUAGGUGAUCAGGGCCCUCGGUGCUUUCCAGAAGGUGCAGAAUAAGGCUCAAUGGGAGUGGGUUUGGCCCCUUGGGAUUAGUCAUGUGAAUAAAGGGCGCAGGGAUCUGGCCCUAGGCUAUAAACCUGAUAUAAGAACACAAAAUCCACUUCCAAUGAUGUCUGGAUUAAAGAUUAAACCUCUCCAACGAAUUAAAAGAACCCCCGGAAUACCAAAUUACAGCGAUGAGGAGACCAGUUCUGAGAAUAAACCCAUUAAAGGAAUAAAACUGCGAUCAUCCAUUUCUAUCACUUUAAAUAAGAUAAAAUGCUUCUUAAGUGAUGAAAGGAUGAACCUGUUAGGAGAUUAGAUCUGCUGAACAAUUGAUUUAUGUGAGUAUAAGAAGGACUCCGUUUGUAUUAUAACAUAAGACUGUUUAAGAAGAGAACUUAAUGGAAUCGGGCUGUCAUUGCUUUCUCAGUGUUACUGUAUUAUCCCUUAAGGAGGUCUGGAGGAUGGGGAAGAAGAAAGCCCCUUGAUUGAAAUAUAAAUAUUUAGGAUGAAUGAAGUGUAUCUAGGGAAAAAUUCCAUUAGAGAGAGAGGCUGCAGCAUCAGACGUCUCUAGUAAUUGAGAAAGAUUUAAAAAAAAAUCACCCAGAUGCUGGUAAACUCUAAUGUACACGCAAUGUAAAGCCUCUGUUUUUGCUGGCAAACAUUCACCUCACAUAUAGGUACAGAUAUCCACAUGCAUCCAGCACUUGCUCUUUUUUACAGUUUGCUUUACUUUUAUUUUCUCUUUUUUUUGUUCUGCUCUUUGCCCAGUGAUUUAUUUGUUGAAUUCAUAAGAUGGAGGAGAAAACCAACCCAGAGAGCUUGAAACUAUGGACUAAGCUGAAUAAUAGGCAACAAUGAAUUUAGCAAGCGAUAAUAAAACCCACAAACAUUCGAAGGUGAAGGGGAAAUCUGUUCCUUGGCUGGGAAAAUUUUUGAUCUUAAGACCAGAGCUGCUUUCUAUUAGCUUGGGAGUCCGAUAGGCCCUAGAGCCAAGGAUCAGGGUUUAUUUGAUGCUUUUAGGGCAGGAAGUGAGUUUCCCUCGCUUUUCCCACCCACUUGAAUAAAAUCACUGGCUGUCAUUGGAAGGAACUUUGCAAUCACUCUGGAAGACUCUCGACUAUAGAGAGUCUUAAUUCUGAAGUGGAAUGAACCAAAAUGAAACAGAUCUCCACCCUAGUCUGUUUCACAUGCCAGUUACAUUGUCAGAUCCUUUCACAUUUACCUGUAAAACCAGGUUUGUUUGUAAAUGGGUAA